AUGGAAUUAUUCUCGUCUUAUGUAACAACUGAAACGCCUACUCCAACCACAGUGUCCUCCUACAACUGCUGCUCCCACAACUGCAGCUCCCACAACUGCAGCUCCUACAACGACAGCUUCUACAACUGCAGCUCCUACCACUACAACUGCAGAUUCUACCUCUACAACUGCUGCUCCUACCACUACAACUGCAGCUCCUACCACUACAACUGCUGCUCCUACCACUACAUAUGCAGCUCCUACCACUACAACUGCAGCUUCUUCAACUGCAGCUCCUACCACUACAACUGUAGCUCCUACCACCACAACUACUGCUUCUUACACUACAACUGCUGCUCCUACCACUACAUCUGCUGCUCCUACCACUACAACUGCUGCUCCUACAACUACAACUGCAGCUCCUACCACUACAACUUCAGCUCCUACCACUACAACUGCUGCUCCAACCACUACAACUGCUUCUCCUACCACUACAACUGCUGCUCCUACCACUACAACUGCUGCUCCAACCACUACAACUGCAGCUCCUACCACUACAACUGCUGCUCCUACCACUACAACUGCUGCUCCUACCACUACAACCGCUGCUCCUACCACUACAACUGCAGCUCCUACAACUGCAGCUCCUACCACUACAACUGCAACUCCUCCCACUACAACUGCAGCUCCUGCCACUACAACUGCUGCUCCUACCACUACAACUGCAGCUCCUACCACUACAACUGCUGCUCCUACCACUACAACUGCAGCUCCUACCACUACAACUGCAGCUCCUACCACUACAACUGCUGCUCCUACCACUACAACUGCUGCUCCUACCACUACAACUGCUGCUCCUACCACUACAACUGCUGCUCCUACAACUGCAGCUCCUACAACUGCAGCUCCUACCACUACAACUGCAACUCCUACCACUACAACUGCUGCUCCUACCACUACAACUGCAGCUCCCACCACUACAACUGCAGCUCCUACCACUACAACUGCUGCUCCUACCACUACAACUGCUGCUCCUACCACUACAACUGCUGCUCCUACCACUACAACUGCUGCUCCUCCCACUACAGCUGCAGCUACUACAACUGCAGCUCCUACAACUGCAGAUCCUACCACUACAACUGCAACUCCUCCCACUACAACUGCAGCUCCUACAACUGCAGCUCCUACAACUACAACUGCAACUCCUCCCACUACAACUGCAACCAUUACGAAUUCCACUUCAGAACCUACUACUUCAAACAUAACAAGUUCAACACCUUCCACAACAAACAAAGCCGAAUCUUCAACUACCUCUCCUGUAUCCGUCUCGAUCAUUGUUGUCCUUACUUUCCCGGUCAAUAUGUCAGGGAUAGAUUUUCUGAAUCAAAAUUCUGAUUCAUACAAAAAACUGGAAAGCGAUCUUCAAGCUGAGUUAAGGAAUCUGUACAAACAAACUCUUGGUGAUCGACUACUGGACAUAAUCAUCAUUUCUAUAAGGAAUGGAAGUAUGAUUGUUGAAUACAAAGCAACAUUCAAAGACUCCCCCGAAGCUAAGUUGAACUUCGCAUC